ACAGUGGCAGUAAUAGGUCUCGGCCCUGCCGGGCUUGUAGCACUCAAGAAUAUCCACGAAGAGGGCUUCGAUGUCACAGGUUUCGACCAAAAUCCCUACGUGGGUGGUCUGUGGCAGUUCACUGAAGAAGACAAGACAUCCGUACUCCAGAGCACCGUGGUGAACAUAUCGAAAGAAAGGGGUUGCUUCACCGAUUACCCAUAUCCUGAAGGUAUCUCGGCAUAUCCCACAGCGGCCGAAGUUCAGAGGUACUUGGUGAGCUACACAGAGCACUUCAAGCUAGAGCCGCAUCUUCGUCUAAAUACCGAUGUUCGCCAGAUCAGGUUCGACGACACCCGCCAGCAAUAUGCUAUUGAGAUCGAAGGCAAAGACGUACAGUUCUAUGACAAGGUGGUGAUCGCUAUUGGAGGCCUGACCAGUCUGCCUAACAUCCCUACCAUUGAAGGGCUAGAGAACUUCAAGGGCAAGGGCUUGCACUCGAGAGCAUUCAAGAAGCCUGAACAGUUCGCAGGAAAGCGAGUCAUGGUGGUUGGGUUCGGGAAUACAGCAGCAGACACCGCAACGGCACUCGCAAACGUAGCGGAGAAGGUCUACAUCGCGCACAGGAAUGGGGCGCGCAUCCUUCCUCGUCGAGUCAAUGGUAAGCCUGUCGACCAUGCACUGAGUCUACGCCUGUUCACCAUACAAAGCUGGAUCAUGAGCAACUUCCCAGCCGCCGGCGCCAAUAUGUUCGACAGAUUCAUCAAGAGUCUGCAAGAUAAGAGCUUCAAGCUGCGACCUGAAUGGGGUUUUGAGCCCGCUCAGGCGACCCCAAUUGUCUCAAACACUCUGGUCGACUACCUUGAGUGCGGACUUAUCGAGUCAGUCAAAGGCAUCAAGCGCAUCCUCGGCGACACUCAAGUUGAGCUCGACGACGGCAAGAUACUCGACGUCGACGCCUUGGUAUGGUGCACCGGUUACAAAGCUGACUUCAGCAUGCUCGAACCCCGUCUCGACCCUACCAGUCGCUCUUCAACAGCGUCGUCAGAUGCCAAUGGAUCGAAUGGCAAGCCGCUCGCUCGCCUGUACCAUAACGUCUUUUCUCUUGAGAAACCAGACAGCUUGGUCUUCCUGGGCAAUGUGCAUACCCCACUCUCUGGCUUUCAGCUCUUCGACAUGGCGAGCAUGGCUAUCGCACAGGUGUGGAAAGGUGCAUCAAAUCUACCGUCACGGUCUGCCAUAGAAAGCGCAGUAGAUGAGCAUCAUAUCUGGCUGGCCGAACAAGCAAGCCGCCGCUCUAAUGUUUCACCUGGCAUGGUAGACGGUGGAGCAUGGUUGAAGGCCAUAGAUGGUCUCGCAGGCACGGGAGUGAACGAGUAUUUGGGGUAUGGUUGGAAGGGGUGGUGGUUCUGGCUCAGCAAUAUGAAGUUAUGCAAUCUGCUAAUGGGAGGCGUGUGGAGCCCGCACGCCCAUCGACUCUUUGACGGUAAGAGGAAGAAAUGGGAAGACGCCCAGGACGCCAUCGAAAGAAUGAACGAA